AUGUCGAAGAUCAACGUCGUUGUACUUGUGGCCAUGACCGUCUCCAUGCUCCUCGGUGUCCAGGCUCGUCCCUCGGACUCCCCGGAUGCCCAUGCCGAGAUCCGGAGCUUUGUCAACGAGCAACAGGAUGAUGGCAGCUACAACUACCAGUUCGAGACGUCCAAUGGGAUUGCGCAGCAGGAGCAGGGAGUCGGCGGUUACUACGCCAGCGGUUCCUCUCAGUACUACACUCCAGAGGGCCAGCUCAUCCAGCUGACCUACACGGCCGACGAGAACGGAUUCCAGCCGCAGGGUGAGCACCUGCCCACGCCGCCACCAAUUCCAGAGGCCAUCCAAUCGCUGGAAUGGAACCGUAACCACCCGGAGGAGACCGAUGGCUAUGAGCACCACGACCACCACCACAACCACAACCACGGACAGGAGCAGGGCAAGCAGUAUCUGCAGCCAGCUGGUGCCCUCCUGGCGCCUGCUGCCGUGUCCGUGGGUCAGGGCCUGCCCUAUGACAGGAAGGUCUAA